AUGGCGAUCUACUAUGCUCUUGUGUUUGCGCUUUUAGCCGUUGAGAUGGUGUUAUUCACCAUUGUCUCGCUCCCGUUCCCGCGGGCCAUUCGCCGGAGGGUUUUGCACGUGUUUUCCAUCCCCUUCAAGCUGGAACAGUUUCAAAUUGGUCUUAAGUUCGUGUUGAUUUUUGUCCUCAUAUUGUUCAUUGACCUGGUGAACCGGGUGUGGCAGGUGACGGCGGAGCUCCACAGCGCCAGCGACCCCCGCUCCAACCAACACACGGCGGCCAUUGCGGGUAUCAUCAACGACCGGGCGGAGAUCCAGGCCCGUCGUUUCUACUCGCAACGGAACAUGUACUUGUGUGGGUUCACGUUGUUCUUGACUUUGAUCAUCAUCAGAACUUACAGUCUUGUCGCCGAAUUGACCCACACCAAGGACACUUUGGACCAAUUGAAGCAAACCAAGCCCACCACUGGCGUCGAUGCUGAUGAUGUCGACGAAGUAUUGACCCUCAAAGCCGAAUUGAAGCAGAAGGAAGAAGACGUGGCCAUUUUGAAGGACCAAGCGAAGAAGUUGUCCGAUGACUACUACCAAGUGAAAUCGGAGAAGAGGGGCUCAGUCAAGCCCGCGGAGUUGGUCAAUUAA